AUGUCUCGCCGUCGAAUAUCCCACAGCGAGAUGAACGAGAGCCUCGCCUACCCCUUCAUGCAGACCAACGGUCAAUACAACGGUCAAUCAAAUGGUCAACAUCGGAGAGGGCCUAUUGAAGGUCCCAAUGGCCGUCGUCUCAUCCGCCGCGUCACAUGGCGCUCCUCCACAUACAAACUGAUGGCUACCCUGUGGGUGCUUGCUGUCCUCUAUAUCGUCUGGCUAGUCCGCGAUCUCUUCAUGCCCUUCACACCCUCCGAAACCGACACCCCACCCGCUUCUCAAGAUCAAAAUUAA